AUGUCGAAACUAUCAACUAGCCGCUCUGUUCGAGUAAUCUAUCCCGGUCGUUUAUUACUUAUCGAUUAUGGUUUAAGUGAAGAGACGAUGCAGGAUAUUUGUCAUGGACUCGAUAAAUUAUUUAGUAUUGUCACAACUUACGUAGGCAUACAGUAUAUUCCUAUGUUCGGGCUGAUCGUCAACGGGCAAAAUCAGAGUGAGAUAUUCAUUUCAUAUUCAUCAACAAAUAAUAAUCGUAUGGAAUUUCAAGUUGCGCUUUGUAAAUUACAAUUACUUGGCCAAAAAUGGUCGACAAAACCAAAUCGACCAACAAAUGCAUCUUUCUCAUGGCAUUCAGCUUUACAUUUAGCUUUAACUCAAAUCAAUUCAACUCGAAAUGAUCAUCAUAAAACAAGUUUCAUGUCAGUCGCAUUAUUUAAUUUUAUUCAUGGACUUCCGUGGAUAAAAUCGUUUCAAAAGUCGAUCGAUGACGAACAUUCAGAUCGUAUAAAUCAUCGUUACACCGUUGGAUUCUUGCUUGUUUGUGCUUUCAUUGUUACGAGCUCUUCUUUUGCUUUCAAUCGUAUUACAUGUUGGGUGCCUGCUCAGUUCACUGGAGCAUAUUUGACUUAUACGAACAAUUACUGUUGGAUAACAAAUACGUAUUUUAUUCCAACAAAUGUCACGAUACCACCGACGAAACUUGAUCGGAAACAUGCUGAAAUAGGUUAUUACCAAUGGACGCCAUUUAUUCUUCUUCUAUUUGCAUUUGGUUUCUAUCUUCCACGAAUGCUUUGGCGAUCAAUGAAUCUUCGAUCCGGUAUUGAUUUACAAUAUCUUAUUCACGAAACUGAACUUGACAAAGUUGUUUCUAAAAUUGAAUACUAUUGUCAAGCAAAUCAAAGAGACAAAAUUGAUCAUCGAAAUCGUUUCUUUCGAAUAUUAUUUUGCACCAGUGGCAAACAUUUAGGGAAUUACCUUCGUUCAAUUCAACUAGUGGUGAAAUGUUUAUAUCUAAUCAAUUCAUUUCUUCAGUUGAUUCUUAUCAAUAGGAUUCUUGGUCAAUCAGGAUGGUUUUAUGGUUUUCAACUUUGGUAUAAUCUUCUAAUAAAAAAUUCCAUGGUGAAAGAUUCGCCAUAUUUUCCUCGCGUAACCUUAUGUGAUUUACGCAUACGUGAAAUUGGAAAUCUUCAUCAGUAUACAGUUCAAUGUGUAUUACCAAUAAACAUGUUGAACGAGAAAGUGUUUUCUUUGGCUUGGUUUUGGUUUUCAUACGUGUUCAUCAUAGAUGUUGUCUCAUUCAUUUCAACGCUGUAUCAAACACUGUCAUUAACACAUCGAAUUCAUUUCAUUCGAACGUUACUACGAAUAAAUUCCUCCGAAUUGGUUACCAAUGAACUCAUGUUAAAAAAUUUUUUAUUGAAUACCUUUGUCUUUUUAUGUUCAAAGGUCACAACAAAUACGAACAAUAACGAUUAUCACAUCGUUAUUUUAACAAAUCGAUUAUCUGAUUCCACUCUAUCGGAAAUAUAUCAAUGCACUCAAAGUCAUCAGAUCGAUAAAAAAAAAAUCGAACUGGUAUGUAUCAAGAACAAUGAUGAAAUUGAGUUAAUGAAGCAAAACAUAUUGUUAUCGAAUUUACUAAAUAUUAAAUAUGUAUAUGAAAACAAAUAUUCCUUGGGUCUUUAUUUCAAGUCAUGGUUGCUGAGCGAUGAUCAUGAUAGUGAACACCUUCAACUUUAUUUACCAGCUAGUGUGAAAACAGAACAUGUUGAUCAUACAUGGCCUAUAAUCCGAUGUGAUUUUCAAGAAAUACUCAAUAACCCUCAUCACAAUAUGGACCACGAGAGAUUUUUUAUGUAUGUUGAACCAUCGAGAAUCUCAACAGCACAUCGAACAUCAUCAUCAUCGUUAUCGUUGCCAAUUUAUCAAAUCAAAGCAGUGAAUUUCAUCAAACAAACAAAUUACUGUAUAUCAAUGGUAUUCGGAAUGCCAUUUCUAAUUUUACCAACUUCGUGUCAUAAAUACAAUCUUGAAUUGAUAGAAAAGAAUGAAAUCGCAUUCGACACUUUGGUAGAAUAUUUGCGUGAAAAUGAACUGAUGUUAAUCUGUCGUUUGAACAGUUGCUCAUCUGCGAGUGAAGUGUCUUCGGGACAUUUUAUUCUUUCAUGUGCUUCUGAUCGUUGUUUAUUACUACGUUCAAUUGCCUCAAAUGAACUUCUUCUACCGCUUCCAGAUGCACCUAAUACCAAAACUAAACGUGAACUAGACCAAAACAUUCUAUCGAGUCUCGCAAACUUUCUUGUUUUUGAUCAUCAGCCGUCAUCAUCAUCAUCAUCAACAACAAGAGCAGCAAUGGCACUUCAUCGAUUACAACAAGAUUUUCGACAAUUGAUUAAAAAUAAAGUCGAUGGAAUUGAUGCUAGUCCAUCGGAAGAGAACUUUUUCAUUUGGAAUGCCAUUAUUUGUGGACCAGAAGAUAGUAUUUAUGAAUCCGGUGCCUAUCAACUUCAAUUAACCUUCUCCGAAGAUUAUCCACUUCGUCCUCCCCAAGUACGAUUUCUUACAAAAGUUUUUCAUCCUAACGUUUGGUGGGAUGAUGGAUUUAUUUGUGUCGAUAUUCUUAAAGAUGGCUGGUUGCCAUCCUAUGAUGUUUUAGCAAUACUUCAUUCCAUUCGUUUGCUUCUUGCUGAUCCAAAUCCACUCAGUCCAGCCAAUCUAGAAGCUGCUUUACUUUAUCGUGACAAUCGAGUUGAAUACAAUCGACGUGUAUCACAAAUGAUUCAGGAUACACUUGAUACAGACGAUGAUGAUGAUGAUGACGGAAACGACGACAAUGGUCAAAUUGAAGACGGUGAUGCGCUUCGCCAAAAGACGAGUAUGCCACCUCGUAGUGUUUCUGAAUGA